GUCACGGUCCCCAGUACGCGUGCGCACAGGCGUGUGAGUGUCUGAAGCUGAUGUAAGAGCAGAGACCGGGUUGAAGCGAACGUGCAGCAGAGCUCACACCGGUACCGUGUAUAGACUGCUUUCGGUAGCCCACAGCGGAGGCAGCCCCGCCGGGAAGUGACGCCAUUAUGUCUGGAGACGAGAUGAUUUUCGACCCCACCAUGACCAGGAAGAAAAAGAAGAAGAAGAAGCCCUUCAUGUUGGACGAAGAAGGGGGUGAACAGCAGGUGGAAGAGACACAGGUCCCUGAAACUAAAGAGGUGGAACCAGAACCUGUGGAAGAUAAGGAAUGGGACCUGGAUGAAGAGUCUUUUAAGAAAAAAGAUGCACCCGAUGAUCUGGAUGACUUAAAUUUCUUUAAUCAGAAGAAGAAGAAAAAGAAAACUAAAAAGUUUGACCUGGAUGAAGCAGAGGAAGGUGUUAAGAAUCUGAAGAUAGAGGCUGAGGUUCAGGAUGCCUCGGAGUCCCAAGAGGAUGACUUGGAAUUCAUGUUGACCAAGAAGAAGAAAAAGAAAAAUGUUAAGUUCCCGGAGGAUGAUGACACCAUUGAUAAAGACGAAGCCUUUGAAGAGGAAGACAACAAAAAAGAUGAUGGAAUUUCCUUUAGUUCACAACAUGGACCUGCAUGGGCUGGCACUGAAAGGGACUACACAUAUGAUGAGCUUCUUAACAGAGUUUUUAACAUAAUGCGUGAGAAAAAUCCAGACAUGGUAGCUGGAGAAAAAAGAAAAUUUGUCAUGAAGCCUCCCCAAGUCGUCCGAGUAGGCACAAAGAAGACUUCGUUUGUGAACUUUACAGAUAUUUGCAAACUAUUACAUCGUCAACCGAAACAUCUGCUGGCUUUCCUAUUAGCUGAAUUGGGUACAAGUGGCUCUAUAGAUGGUAACAACCAGCUAGUCAUUAAAGGUCGAUUCCAGCAGAAACAGAUAGAGAAUGUUUUGAGAAGAUACAUUAAGGAAUAUGUGACUUGUCACACCUGUCGGUCGCCAGACACCAUCCUGCAGAAGGACACCAGAUUAUAUUUCCUGCAGUGUGAAACCUGCCAUUCUCGCUGUUCUGUGGCUAGCAUCAAAACUGGGUUCCAGGCUGUCACGGGCAAGAGAGCACAACUUCGCGCCAAAGCCAACUAAGCCGGCCUGUCCACUGGGUUGGAUUUUACAAGUGCUGUUUAUGGAUCCUGGGGCACAACCUGACAGUCAGGGAGUGAUAACCCUUUAUAUUGUAAAGAAUGAUGUGAGACUGGGCAAGAAAAUAUUGGCUUUAUUUUUUUUGUUUUUUUUUUCUUUAUGCGCAAGGAAUUUCUAAAUUUCAACAGAGAAGCUGAUGGUUUGAUAAUCGCAUCACUUGCAGAAAAUGUUUUACCAGCUGUCUUGAGGAUAAAGGGGAAGAAUUUGCAUUUUUAACCAGACUUCUGUAAAAUGCAAAAGUACAUUAAAGUUAUAACAUUCACAGAAAAA